AUGUCGGGGGAGUCUUCCACCACCGAUCCCACGCAGAAUCUUAGCUUGACGCCGGAGGAGAAGCGUCUGUAUGGGCAGCUCUUUCGCCAGGCGGACUUCGAUAAUGUUGGUGUUGUGACUGGGGAGACUGCUGUUACCUUCUUUGAGAAGACGAGGUUGGAUAGGACAGUUCUCGGAAAGAUAUGGCAAAUUUCAGAUACCGAGAAUAGGGGUUUCCUAACUCCCGCCGGCUUCUCCGUCGCUCUUCGACUACUCGGCCAUGCCCAAGCUGGUCGCGAUCCCACUCCCGAGCUAGCUCGCCAAAGCGGCCCUCUCCCCCAGUUUGAUGGCGUCGCCCUACCGACCGCGACCCCGACGUCACCUCCCCCUCCGGCUGCCGUCCAACCUCAGGGUACCGGGGGUGGCCCUGUCAGGAUCCCCCCUCUAACCCCGGACAAGGCCGCCCAGUAUGCAAGCCUUUUCGAGAGACAGCCCCUCCUCGUCGGGAAUCUGAUGCCCGGCGACCAAGCCAAGCAAAUCUUCGAAAGGUCGGGCCUUCCCAACGAAACCCUGGGCCUCGUCUGGCAGUUGGUCGAUACAGAGCAGCGCGGCGCCCUUAUUGCCUCCGAAUUCGUGAUAGCCAUGCACCUCCUCAACGCCAUGAAGGUUGGCGCCCUCAAGGCCAUACCUAGCACCUUGCCUCCCGCGCUAGUCGAAGCCGCCAACCGUCGUGGCCCUGCCCCGCGCCAGUCACCCACCGCGACCGGCACUCUCUCUGCCAUUCCCCGUCAGCUCAGCGGCUCUGCCCAGCUGCGCACGGGAAGCCCUCUCGGCCGACAUGCCACAAUCGCGCCGCAGCCGUCGGGCCUGGCUGGUGGCGCGGGAGCCGCCUGGGCCAUUACGCCGGCCGAGAAGGCCAAGUUCGACACGAUCUACGAUGACCUUGACAAGACGAGGCGAGGAUUCAUUACCGGCGAGGAGGCCGUGCCCUUCUUCAGCCAGUCUAACCUGAGCGCUGCGACGCUCGCUCAGAUUUGGGAUCUUGCCGACAUUAAUUCGGAGGGUGUCCUGAACAAGGACGAGUUCGCUAUUGCUAUGUAUCUCAUUCGCCAGCAGCGAGCGAAUCGCGAUGGAACUGCCGUCCUUCCUACCACCCUUCCCCCUAACCUGAUCCCGCCCAGUAUGCGCAACCAAGUCCGGCCGCCGACUGCUACCUCUCCAUUCGAUGCUCCUAUUCCACAGGCCCAACCACAGCCGCCGCCGCCAGCGCAGAAAUCUGCGCUUGAUGAUCUCUUCGAACUCGAUGGCCCGGCAGCCACAAUGCAGGCGCCCCUGACUACCGGAGGCUCCGCGGCUAGUGAUCCAUUCAGCAGCGGACCGGUGCCUACAUCCCCCGUUCGUGCUUCGCCAACUGCCAGUCAGUUCCGGCCGUUCGUACCCUCGUCGUCUUUCGGAAAGGGCCUCACGCUUCAGCAUCAGCAACACACAGGUGAUUCGAAGCGUGGUGGCGGCUCGGAGGAUCUUCUCGGCGAUGCUGAUCCUGAGAUCAGCGCCAAGCUCACCAAUGAGACGACGGAGCUGGCCAAUAUCUCCAACCAGAUUGGAACCCUUACGAAGCAAAUGACGAACCUCCAGACCCAGAGGACCUCUACCCAGCACGACUUGACGCAGGCUAGCCAACAGAAGAAGAACUUUGAGCAGCGGCUCACUCAGCUUCGCACCAUGUACGAGAAAGAGGCCAAGGAUGUCCGGGCUUUAGAGGAACAGCUUGCCGCGACCAAGUCAGACACCAGGAAGCUCCAGGCCGAGUGCAUGGCCCUGGAGGGAACGUGCCAGGACUUGCAGGGCCAGAAGCAGCAGGUCGUCACGGCAUUGCAGGCUGAUCAACAGGAGAACGCUAGCCUGAAGGAGAAGAUCCGGGCUCUCAACGCCGAGAUUGCCCAGCUCAAGCCCCAGAUCGAGAAGCUGAAGUCCGAAGCCCGUCAGCAGAAGGGCCUCGUGGCCAUCAAUAAGAAGCAGCUCUCUACCAACGAGGGCGAGCGUGAUCGUCUAAAGUCCGAGGCUGACGAGCUGGUUAAGGGAGGCGAGGAGCUCUCGAGACAGAUGACGGGCAGCUCUUUGCAGUCCGGCCCCGCUGGGAUCUCCAGCCCCACUCCGUCUGCUGGUAGUGGGAACAACCCAUUCUUUAAGAGAACUGCCAGCACAGACAUGAUUGGCGCUUUUGCCUCUCCGCCCAUAAAGGCGUCCGACAAGUCAUUUGACGACAUCUUCGGUUCGCCAUUCCCCCAGGCGUCGGCCACCCCUCCUCCCCCGCCUGCCGCCUCGGCUAUCCGCCAUCACACCGGCAACUCGACGGGGAGCGGUGGUUCAUUCGGAACCCCUGCCACCACCAGUCCUACUAUCAGCCGCCAGGCUACCUUGAACGUCGAGCCUCCUGCUCCGCCGGAGUCGCGUCAACUCAGCUCAAGCUUCCUUCCGUUGAAGGAUCUCGGCGAAUCUCUGUCGUCCUCUCGACAGGUGUCGCCCCCAUUGUCGCGGACCGGAGACGAUAAGGGUGCUCUAGGCUCCCCACUCUCGGGCGCGUUCUCACCUCUUGAGCCCUCCAAUACUGGACAAAGCAACACCGCGUCGGCGGCCGAGGUGAAAUCUAGCGCUACGGGCGAUUCGGGCAACACCAGCGGAGCAGCUGCGGAGACACCUAUUGCCGGAGCUGGAACCGAGGAGAAGAAGCUUACGGGAGAAAGAUCGGUUAGGGACUCGGACCCGUUCGCUUCGAUGGACCAGGCCACGGCCAAGGCGGAGUUCGACAACGCGUUUGCUAGCUUCACUAAGAUCCACAAGAGCCAGGACAACAAGGCCAAGGAUGACAGCACCAACGCGUUCUCGAGCUUCAACACCGAGUUCCCUCCCAUCUCGGAGCUGGAGCGAGACGAAUCGGAGUCGGAUAGCGAGGCGGGUUUCGACGACGAUUUCGCGCCGUCGUCUCCCAAGGGGAAGGAUAGCCAGGUGACGGUCAAGGAUAACGCGACUGCUUUGCCUGCUGCUUCUUCGGCGGCUAAGCAAGAGACUUCCGACGCUUUUAUGGCUAUGAUUGGGGAUAGUGCUGCUGACAAGUCGUCUGGGCAUAAUAAUAGCAACGCGAAUGCCGCAAAUAACUUCUUCGACUCUCCACUAGCCACCACCCCAACCGCGGUGACGACUGCGCCCGCGCCCCAGACCUCCUCCGCCUCUGCUCCUCCUGCUCCGUCCAAGACGCCGUUCGACUCCGAUCUAGACGACGAUUUUGAGGGCCUAGAAGACGCCAAGGAGGGCUCGGCCGACGACGACUUCGCCAACAUCUCUAGGUCCGGCCUCGACGAGUUCAACUCCGUCUUCGACAGCAGCCCACCGACCAGCCAGGCCAAGACCGAGUCCUCGACGGCUUUCGGCGGCGGAGAGAGUAGCUUCGAUUUUGUUGGCACCUUGUCGACGGGGUCACUUGCUGGCAACAAUAACGUGACCCCGACAGCGGCUACGGCCACUACCGGAGUUGCCGCGACCUCGACAACCAUCUCGGCCACCGAUGCCCAGGACUGGGACGCGAUGUUCUCGAACCUCGAUUCGGCGGCCAGCAACUCGCCCAAGACUGUCGAGGUGCCCAAGGAGACUGCUACACGGCCGGAGCUCUCGCGCGCCGAGACGGGCGACGAUCCGUUGUUGAAGAAUUUGACGAGUAUGGGGUAUUCGAGGACGGAUGCUUUGGCGGCGUUGGAGAAGUAUGAUUAUGAUAUUGAGAGGGUGGGUUUCCCUUUGUCCUUGUAA